AUGGCCGAGCGGGCCGCUGCCCAGGCUCCCGGCGCUGGAGGGAAGGAGCCCGGUUCCCGGGGGCGCCCUUGGGCGCACAUCUGGCCCAGCCCGGUCCGGCGGGGGAGGUUCUGGGUCUGUGCCGGAGCCUCCCUUGCCCCGGAGAAACCCUCCAUCGUGUUCGGGCUUCGUGCUGUUGUGUUCAGCCUCCGGGGAGCCGCCGGCAGCGGGCACCCUGGGGUGCUGCCACCUGGCAACCCUACCCGCUACCUUCAGCUUCAGGGACCUGCCGCCAGCGGCUUCAGCCCCCGCAACCAGGGCCGACGAGAGGGGGGGAAGCUGGCUCCUGCUGUUCCCGAACAAACUCCCGUGAGAGAACCCCAUCAUCACAGUACAGAGAUCUCCUUGUGGACAGUAGUAGCUGCCAUCCAAGCCGUGGAGAGGAAGGUGAAUUCCCAUGCCUCACAAUUACUGAAUCUGGAGGGGAGAACAAGGACAACCGAGAAGAAGUUAACAGACUGUGAGAGGACAGCGAUGGAAUUUGGUAACCAGCUGGCGAGUAAGUGGACUAUUUUGGGAACUCUGAUCCAGGAGAAUAACUUCCUGCAGAGGAGGCUGGAGAACCUGGAGAACCUGCUGAGAAACAGGAACUUCUGGAUCUUAAGACUGCCCCCAGGCACUAAGGGAGAAGUCCCCAAGGUGCCGGUGACAUUUGAUGACGUCUCAGUUUAUUUUAACGAGCAGGAGUGGGAGAACUUAGAGGAAUGGCAGAAAGAGCUUUACAAGAAUGUGAUGAAGGGGAACUAUGAGACCCUGAUCUCUCUGGACUACGCUGUUUCUAAGCCAGACGUUUUAUCCCGCAUUGAACGAGGGGAGGAGCCGUGUGUCGGGGAUCAGCGGGAAUCCCUGGAAGGAUUGGAGGAAAGAGUCCAGAAGAAGGAAGGGCUGGUGGAAAGAGAAAUCCUUGUGGACCCCAGCGCAGGCCAGGCCGUUUCCAACCCUGACAUCCUGCCCCGGGCUGAAGGAGGGGAGGAGCCGUGUAUCAGGGUUCAGGAGGGUUCAGCGGACAGAGAAAUUCCCCUGGAGCCCAGCGCAGGUUCCACAUCUGCCACUUUACCCUGGAUCAAAGAAGAGGAAGAGCUGGAUGCUGGGGACCAGCAGGAAUUGGGGGAAGGACGAAUUCUCACAGGCUCCAGCAUGGGUGAGCAAUGGCUGGCUGCCCUGGUGCAAAACUCCCAUUGGCUCUGA